AUGACUCGCCUAAGCUACCUCCUCCUCGCCUCCCUCUCUGUCUUCAAUGGCGUUCUCGCAUCCAAGUCCGCCGUCUUGGACCUUACUCCCGACAACUUUGAUAGCGUUGUCUUGAAGUCUGGCAAGCCAGGCCUCGUCGAGUUCUUUGCUCCAUGGUGCGGGCACUGCAAGAACCUUGCCCCCGUCUAUGAAGAGCUCGGCCAUGCAUUCGAGUCUAGCGGCGAGAAGGUCUACAUCGCGAAGGUCGACGCUGAUGCCCACCGACCUCUAGGCAAGCGAUUUGGCGUACAGGGCUUCCCCACGCUCAAGUGGUUUGAUGGCAAGAGUGAUAAGCCAGAGGACUAUUCCGGUGGAAGGGAUCUGGAGAGCUUGAGCGAGUUCGUUGCAAGCAAGACUGGUCUCAAGCCUAAGACGAAGAAGGCUCAGCCCAGCGAGAUUCAGAUGUUGACAGACUCUACUUUCGAUAAGACCAUUGGUGGUGAUAAGGAUGUUUUUGUUGCUUUCACUGCCCCUUGGUGCGGACAUUGCAAGACCCUUGCUCCAAUCUGGGAGACCUUGGCCACCGAUUUCAUCCUAGAGCCUAAUGUUGUCAUUGCAAAGGUUGAUGCUGAAGCUGAAAACUCCAAAGCUACGGCCAAGGCCAACGGCGUUGCUUCUUACCCAACCAUCAAGUUUUUCCCCCGUGGCUCCAAGGAGGCCGUUCCCUACACCGGUGGACGCACUGAGAAGGACUUCGUUGACUUCUUGAACGAGAAGUGUGGAACUCACCGUGAAGUUGGAGGCGGCUUGAACGAUAAAGCUGGCACAAUUGAAGUUCUUGAUGCCAUAAUUGCCAAGUACAUCUCCGGAGCCAGCUUUGAGCCCAUGGUUAAGGAGAUCAAGGAAGCUGCUGGAAGCCUCUCGGCCAAAUAUGCCGAAUACUACGUCAAGGCUGGAAAGAAGCUGCAGGAGAACUCUGAAUAUGCUCAGAAGGAGCUUGCUCGUCUGCAGCGCAUCCUGAACAAGGGAAACCUCACUCCCGAGAAGAUCGAUGAUUUGGUUUCUCGAAGCAACGUCCUCCGUCGAUUCUUGCGUAAGGAGGAGGCCAAGGACGAGUUGUAA